CCUUGGGCUAUACUUUAUACAAAUUACGCACUAUUGCAAGUUUACCCCAAAAUAAAGUUGACCAUUAAAAAAAAAAAAACUCAAAAGAUAGGGAAAAAAAAAAUUUCAUCUAGACAUUAAUGUAGAGGAUACAGAUUUAUCUAUGUUGCUUCCUUCAUCGUCUUCUUCCCCCAUCUUGUUAGGGUUUGUAGAGUUUGCACUUUGUCUGCAAUUUUUCUCGCUCAUCGUUCUCACCACCGGCCAUCUAUAGAACUUCGAUUUUUUACUUUUUUUUUUUAUCAAUAUUCCAUUGUAUUAACCCCAAUUUUCCAUGUAUUCAACCGUACAAUAGAAAAUCGCAAUUCCUCCAAGAUUUCGUAAAGAUUGAUGUAUUCUAACAAUUUAUGAAGUUACCGGCACCUUGAAUUAGCUUCCGUUGAUUUGAUUUCCUGCUACUUUGCAGUGGAAGUUCAGAGAACCUACAAACUCUACGUCUUUCAUUUCAUAAGUACUCUUCUUAUCAAAUUCGUGCAGGGAAGACAAACCAGGGACAUUAUUGCUUAUCGCCUUUGUGCAUGAGGUUAUGAUGGGGACUGAGCUUAUGAGAAUAUGUGUUAAAGAAGACAAUGAUGAUUUUCCAUCAGUUCCGCCAGGUUUUGAGUCAUAUACAUCUUUCUCUCUGAAGAGGGUAGAAAACAAUGAAAAACAAGAUGAUAAAAACAUGAUCAGUUGUUCAGCCUCAACAAGUGCUUCUGAAUCACCAUCAACUCAGGUGGAAAAUGAUGUUCAAGUUCCUGAAACUGCAAAGGUUCCUAGAUCCCUUCGAAGAAGACCAUGGAUUAAUUAUGGACAAUAUGAGAACCAUUCAGAAGAAGACUCUGACUGUGAGCGGCAUGAUCAAACUUUGUCCUCUAGGGCUUGUCUUCCUCGAGGAGUCAUCCGUGGAUGUCCAGAUUGCAGUAAUUGCCAAAAGGUUGUUGCCAGAUGGCGACCUGAAGAUGCUCGUAGGCCAAAUAUUGAGGAUGCUCCUGUUUUCUACCCCACUGAAGAGGAGUUUCGAGAUACUUUGAAAUAUAUAUCAAGCAUUCGCUCCAGGGCUGAGCCAUAUGGAAUUUGCCGCAUUGUUCCACCUUCUUCUUGGAAACCCCCCUGUCCUCUCAAGGAAAAAAGUAAAUGGGAGGGUUCUAAAUUUUCUACACGUGUACAGAGGAUUGACAAACUUCAGAAUCGUGAUUCAAUGAGAAAAAUGUCAAGGGUUCAAAGUAAUAUGAAGAGGAAAAGGAGAAGAUGCACAAGAAUGGGGGUGGAUAAUGGCACUAGAAGAGGACCCAAUACAGCAUUUUGUGAAGUGGAAAGGUUUGGGUUUGAACCUGGUCCAGAAUUUACCUUGGAAACAUUUCAGAGAUAUGCAGAAGAUUUUCAGCUCCAAUACUUCAGAAAAAAUGAGAAUGUAUCUCAUUUGGGUGGUAAUACAACAAUUUUAAAUGGUACCUCAGAGCCUUCUGUGGAGAGCAUUGAAGGUGAAUAUUGGCGGAUGGUCGAGAGUCCUACUGAAGAAAUUGAGGUGCUUUAUGGUGCUGAUCUGGAAACUGGGAUUUUUGGGAGUGGUUUCCCUAGUAAAUCUAGUCAGCUAGGUUCUGCUUCACAUGAACAAUACAUAAAGUCUGGCUGGAAUUUAAAUAACUUUGCAAGGCUUCCUGGAUCUCUGCUCUCUUAUGAGAGCAGUGAUAUAUCUGGUGUUUUAGUGCCGUGGUUGUACAUUGGAAUGUGCUUUUCCUCCUUUUGUUGGCAUGUGGAAGACCACCAUUUAUAUUCAUUGAACUACAUGCAUUGGGGAGCUCCAAAAUUGUGGUAUGGAGUCCCUGGAAGAGAUGCCUGCAAAUUAGAAGAGGCUAUGAGAAAGCAGUUACCAGAACUUUUUGAAGAACAGCCUGACUUGCUUCAUAAGCUGGUCACUCAGCUUUCUCCUUCUAUCCUUAAGUCUAAAGGAGUACCAGUUUAUAGGUGUGUCCAAAACCCUGGGGACUUUGUUCUGACAUUUCCUCGAGCCUACCACUCUGGGUUCAAUUGCGGUUUCAACUGUGCUGAGGCUGUUAAUGUAGCUCCUGUUGACUGGCUGCCCCAUGGGCAUAUUGCUAUAGAGUUGUACCAGGAACAGGGGCGCAAGACUUCUAUAUCACAUGAUAAGCUGUUGCUUGGGGCUGCAAGGGAAGCAGUUCGAGCUCAAUGGGAGCUUAAUUUGCUAAAGAAGAAUACUUUGGAUAAUCUACGAUGGAAGGAUGUCUGUGGAAAGGAUGGCUUUUUGGCCAAAGCACUUAAGAUGCGUGUUGAGAUGGAACGAGCACGAAGAGAAUAUCUCUGCAGUUCUCUACAGGCAUUAAAAAUGGAGAGUACCUUUGACGCUACGGAUGAAAGGGAAUGUAACAUAUGCUUUUUUGAUUUACACCUAUCUGCAGCUGGCUGUCGCUGUUCCCCAGAUAGAUAUGCUUGCUUGGAUCAUGCAAAGCAGCUUUGUUCAUGCUCUUGGGAUUCCAGAUUUUUUCUCUUUCGGUAUGAUGUUACUGAACUAAAUAUUCUGGUGGAGGCAUUGGAAGGAAAAUUAAGUGCAAUCUACAGAUGGGCAAAAUCAGAUCUUGGGCUGGCGCUAUCAUCUGAUGUUUCAUCAGGCAAGGAAACAAUACUUAAAGAAUUGAAAUCACAUUCAUCCAGUUUGUCUCAUUCUUCCAGGGCCACUUUGAAUAAUAAAGAGAUGGCUUUGCAUCCACCGAAUAAAUAUAUUGAUGAUUCUCAAUUGAUUGACGUCCCAAUAGAGAAUCAAGCAAAUAGCAAAGAUCAGAGCUAUUUUCAACAGAGAAAAUCAGCUGAAGCUAUUUCAUUUUUGAGUUCAACGAAGGACUUGCUAACAUUUAACAGCUCAAAACCUACAUCUGAUAUUCCUAAUCAUAAGAUCUGUGUUAGUAAGGAAGAAUCUGUCAUUUGCAGCUCAAAGAUGAAAACACCUGGUUGUCAAUUGUCUCGGGAGGAUACAUCGUAUGCUUUAUCUACUCUAGCUCAACAAGGAGGUGAGAAAAGUUCACUUUACAGGCAUAACAACGUUAUACUUCUUAGUGACGAUGAAGAAGACGAGAAGAUGUCUGAUUCAAAUAGAAGGAAGGAACUUUCUUCUAUGCUUGUACGUCCUGGAGAUAAGUCAAGCCCAUUUAACAAUAUAGAAAGUACAAACUUGACCAUUUCUGUGACAGAUACUGCUGUGAUGGGUGAAAGGGAUGCUAUGACAUUACCCCAUGAAAAUACGAGUUCUGAUUCAAUUCCGUCUGUGCGUGUGAAACAAGAAUGUCAUGAAUACACAGGAACAGUUCCAGCCUCUACCCCACUAGACCUUUCUUGUCAUAUUGGUCUUCCAAGUGCACAAUGUGCUAAAAAUAUUUCAGCUCCAUCAAAAGUAGAAGCAAGUGAUCAUUGUUUGGAAAGUUUGGAGAUGUCUCCUCUGAACCUACAACUGUCUGGCACUAAGGUUAAGACUGAAGAUAAUCACGAAAAAUUUGGAGGAUGUUCCACUUCUAAUGUAGCAGACAAUGCGAGAGCUGUUAAUGGGAACUUUUCUUGCGGUCCAAACAAUUUCCGACAGAAAGGUCCUCGGAUAGCGAAGGUUGUCCGGCGCAUCAACUGCAAUGUUGAACCAUUAGAAUUUGGGGUUGUGCUUUCUGGAAAGUCUUGGUGUAGCAGUCAGGCUAUAUUUCCAAAGGGAUUUAGAAGCCGAGUUAGAUACAUAAAUGUCUCAGAUCCAUCCAGUAUGUGUUACUAUAUUUCAGAAAUACUUGAUGCUGGACGUGGUUGGCCUCUAUUUAUGGUUUCCUUAGAAAGUUGUCCAAGUGAGGUCUUCAUCCAUAUGUCAGCCGCAAGAUGCUGGGAGCUCGUCAGAGAGAAAGUGAAUCAAGAAAUUGCCAAGCAACAUAAGCUGGGAAGAAAGGGCCUUCCUCCUUUACAGCCCCCGGGUAGCCUUGAUGGCUUAGAAAUGUUUGGGUUUUCUUCACCAGCAAUAGUGCAGGCUAUUGAGGCGCUGGAUCGAAGUCGAGUGUGUAAUGAAUAUUGGGACUCACGGCCGUACUCCCGUCCUUUAGGACAGAUUUCACAAUCAUGCCAAAGCAGUGUUAGUGGUGGCAUUGGUCAAGGUGGUGACAUUCCCGUUGAUGUUGUUGCAGUAUUAAGGAGCCUAUGUAAAAAGGCUAAUGCAGAAGAAUUGAACUCGUUGUACAGCAUUCUUAGUGAAAGUAGGCCACAGGCUGACAGGAGCCAAAUUGCGCAAUUUCUUAAAGAAGAGAUUCACAAAUCACAACCACCCUAGGUAAUUCAUUAUUUGGAUGGAAUUGUUCAUUCGCCUAACCUUCUCACGUGUAUAUUGUAGUUCCUCCGAGGUUGCACAUGCAAUUUCAUGCAACCUUAAUCUUUUGAUUUUUUUUUUCCCAUCUGAAUGGAGGUUAUAGAGAAAGAGAAAGAAAAAAACGAAAAUAAAAUUAGAAAAAAUGUGGGUGGGGGAAGCCUAUUUUUCCCUUCAAAAUUUUGCUCUUUACUUGUGGCAGCUAGAAGAUGUGGAAAGUUAUCAAGUGCCACUAUGGCUGUCUCAUCUGAAACUCUGAAGGGCGAGGCUACCAGGCCUUUAUAAUUGAUUUUGAUUCAUAUGUUGUACACGCAGUUUUAAACUACAUGUAGGUUCAUGUUUAGAUUUGAUUAAUUAUUUUAGAAAAUAGCUUUUUACUCGUAUUAAGCUGUUUUCUCCAAAAAAGUACAUAUCUUAUAAAAUGGCUUCUUUUAUUUA